CUGCUCUGCUUCAGUACGUAGUGGGCUGAGCCAGAAAUGGGCACGUCGUUGGCUAGAAGCGUUGCUCUGUUUACUCUGCUGCUCUGCCUGCUUCUUCCGUCCCAUGGCCAUGGGAAGCUCUCGACCAAGUUCUACGCCAAGUCGUGCCCCAGCGUGGCCGCCAUCGUGCGGUCGGUGAUGGAGCAGGCGGUCGCCAAGGAGCCCAGGAUGGGCGCCUCCAUCAUCCGCCUCUUCUUCCACGACUGUUUCGUCAAUGGUUGUGACGCGUCCAUCCUCCUGGAUGACACUUCGACGUUCACCGGCGAGAAGAACGCCGGAGCGAACACCAACUCCGUCCGCGGGUACGAGGUGAUCGACGCCAUCAAGACGCAGGUCGAAGCAGCCUGCAAGGGCACCGUGUCGUGCGCCGACAUCGUCGCCUUGGCGUCUCGUGACGCCGUGGACUUGCUCGGAGGCCCCACAUGGAACGUGCAGCUCGGCCGGAAGGACUCGCGCGCGGCGAGCCAGAGCGCGGCCAACGCCAACCUCCCGGGCCCGGGCUCCGGCGCCGCGUCCCUCGUGGCCGCGUUCGCGGCCAAGGGGCUCUCGGCGCGCGACAUGACGGCGCUCUCCGGCGCGCACACCGUGGGGCGCGCGCGCUGCCUCUUCUUCCGCGGGCGCAUCUACACCGACCAGAACGUCAACGCCUCCUUCGCGGCGGCGCGGCAGCAGACGUGCCCGCAGAGCGGCGGCGACGGCAACCUCGCGCCGUUCGACGACCAGACGCCUGACGCCUUCGACAACGCCUACUACACGAACCUGAUGGCGCAGCGCGGCCUGCUGCACUCGGACCAGGAGCUCUUCAACGGCGGGCCGCAGGAUGCGCUGGUCAGGAAGUACAGCGGCAACGCCCGCAUGUUCGCCACCGACUUUGCCAAGGCGAUGGUGAAGAUGGGCGGUCUUGCGCCGGCGGCCGGAACGCCGACGGAGGUCAGAUUCAACUGCCGGAAGGUGAAUUGAGAAUGGCUUGCAUUCAGAGACGGGAUGACAGGGGGAGUUGUCUGAAUUCUGAAACAAAGCACUAAACCGUAUCUUUCCCUUUCGUUCCAAGAUCAAGUCUUUGGUUCCUGGGCAUGAUACAAGUGAAAAUAAUUAAGACAA